AUGGCUUCAGUUUACAAGAGUGUCUCAAAGAAGGCCGCCCAGCAGGCCGAGGAUUCCUCCGACGAGGACAUCCAGAUGGAAGAGUACCUCGAUGGAGAGAACGACACCACUGAUAGCGAGGAGGAGUCCGACGACGAGGGCGCUGAGGUUGUCAAGAAGCAGCUUGCUUCUGGAUUUAUGCCCAAGACCAGAGUCCUUAUCCUGACUUCCAGAGGUGCUUCUUUCCGCCACCGACACUUGAUGUCCGAUAUUUGUGGCCUCCUCCCCCACGCGCACAAAGAGACCAAGCUUGAUACGAAAAAGAAGGCCGCUGGUUACAACCUCCUCCUUAACUCUCUUGCCGACCUGCACUCAUGCAACGUUAUCUUCUUCCUCGAGGCCAAGAAGAACGGCCAGGAUCUCUACCUUUGGCUUUCUCGCCCUCCUAACGGCCCUACCAUUAAGUUCCACCUCAACAACUUGCACACCAUGGGCGAGCUCGGCGCUGGAUUCGCAGGAAAUUGCCUGAAGGGUGGUCGCGGUCUGGUUGUCUUCGACCGAUCCUUCGACGAGGCAGGCCCCGACAUGGGCAAGCCCGGCAGUGAAUACCGUGCGCUCGUCCGAGAGAUGCUCCGCGGAGUCUUCUGUGUCCCCAAGCGCGGUGUCCGCGGCAUGAAGCCUUUCGUUGACCGCAUCAUUGGUAUCUUCGGAGUGGAUGGCAAGAUCUGGAUCCGUGUCUAUGAGAUCCGCGAGUCCGAGGCCGGUGGAAAGAAGAAGGAGGGAGAGGAGACUGUCAAGCCCGUACCAAAGGGCAAGGAUGGCCUGCCUGAGGUCUCUCUGGUUGAGAUUGGUCCCCGCUUCGUCCUGACCCCCAUUGUCAUCCUUGAGGGCAGCUUCGGCGGUCCCGUCAUUUACGAGAAUAAGGAAUACGUCAGCCCCAACCAAGUCCGUAGCGAGACUCGCCAGGGCAAGGCUGGCCGAUACUCCCAGCGUCGGGAUGUCCAGACUGAUCGGGUUGCCAAGCGCUCUAACUUGGGAUUGUCCGACAACUCUGUUCGCAAGGUUGAUGCAUUGGACACAAGGAAGCUAUUUGCAUAG